UAUGUUCUUUUUUAUCAUUGGAUUGGCCACUUUAGCUUUUAUUGUAUUUAGAAUUUUAGAAGAAAUCUAUAAAUGCUUAUAACCCUUUCCAAAUAUAUAAGCUAAGUAUGGUAAGGAUUGUUGGGCAGUUGUAACAGGGGCAACAGAUGGGAUUGGGAAAGGUUAUUGUUAAGUUUUAGCUUAAUAAAAUGUGAACAUUUGUAUGAUAAUCAGAAAUGAAGAGAAGGGUAAAAAGUUGAUAGAAGAGUUAAGUAAUGGAUCAACAUCAAAGUUUAAAAUUGUUGUGGCUGAUUUCAAUAAUUCAUUGGAUGAAGGAUUUUUUGAUAAAGUAUAUAAAUAAAUUGAGAAUUUGGAUAUUGGAUUGUUGAUAAAUAAUGUUGGAGUCUCACAUGUUAAAACUUAGUUUUAUUAUUAUAGUCAGCUCCAUUAGAGAAAUAUAAUGACAAUCAACUAAGAGAAAUAAUUACAGUAAAUUGUUUUCCAAUUGUAUUUUUGACAAAGAAAAUAAUUCCUAAAAUGCUUUAAAGAAAGAGAUCUGCAAUAAUUAAUUUAUCAUCAUUUACAGGAAGAGUUCCUAUGCCUUAUAAUUAAACAUAUGCAGCAUCAAAAGCAUUUGAUGAUUUCUUUUCAAGAUCAAUAGCACUUGAAUAUUCUAAUAUUGAUAUUUUAGCUCAUAGACCUAUGUAUGUAACUACACCAAUGACAAAUUUUAAAAAAGGACAAGGAGCUAUUUCUCCAAUUUAGGCUGCUAAAGGAGCAUUGUAAUUAAAUUGAUAAUAAUAAUAUUAUAGACAACGUUUAGGAUUAGAAUAUUCUACUCAUGGACAUAUUUUACAUAGAAUUUAAGGAUUUUUUGGUGCAGUAAUUGUACCAUCAUUUUUAAGAAAUAAAAUUCUUAAAAAGGAAAUGAGAAGAUUAGUAAGAAAAUAUUUGUGA